AUGGGCGCGAUCUUCGGCGCCUUCGGCGGCGUGACCUUGGGCCCCUUCGCGGGCGUGGCCCUGGGCCCUUCCGCGGGCGUCACCUCGGGCCUUUCAUGGGCGCGGCGCAGCGCGCCCCAGUCUUUGCCGUCGAAGCCCGCGGGCUGGGGCAGAGGGUGGGCGACGUCGCGCGCCAUCCCCAGCGUGCGCGUGAACGGGCCCUCGCCGUCCGAGUCGAACAGCGAGAUCGCGCCCCGGCCCGCCGCCUUCUCGAGGGCGCGCGCGAGGUCGACGUCGUCAGCGCCGCUGUUCUCGGGGCUUGGGCCCCUGCCCCCUCCCUUGGCGCGCGGCGCGGUGCCGCCUGCCUUCGGCGUGCUCGGGGCCCCUCCGCCGCCCGGGCCGCCAGCGGGCCGGGGGCGCGGAGCCGCGCCGCCCAACGCCGAUCAAUCGCGGGUGGGGCGCGCGGUCCACCGCGCCGACUUGCGCAGCAUCAGCAGCGCGCUGCCGCGCGCGGAUUCCGCGGGCAGCGGCGGCGGCGCCCUCCGCCCGCGCGCGGGCGCGCCCGCGGCGGCCGUGCUGGCCGAGCUGGAGCGGCUGCUGGCGCGGUUGGAGGCGGGCGAGCUCGGCGGCGGAGCCGUGCCAGGCGCUUGCGGGCCGCAGCUGGACGACCUCGUCUUGUACGCGCACGGCGUGGUGAUGCUGGCAAUCCCCGAGGAGCUGGCCCCGUGGAGCCCAGAGCUGCCCGGCCUCGCGCGCCUGCGCCGCUUCGUGGAGGGCAUGCCGGCGCUCCUCGAGCGGGGCGGGCCAGCUGCGAAGGGCGAGUUCGAGCGCCACGUGCUCGCGCAGCUCGCGGCGCACGAGCUUCCUCACGUUGCAUCUUCGGGGGGCCUCGGCUGUCCCCGCAAUCUGUAUGUUUUCUUGUGCCCGACGCGGGCUCGAUGUGGAUUCGACCCGGAAGAUGGCGUGGAUUCGACGCGG